AAAAGAGUUCAGAGAAAUAUAAGUUUGGUCCAAGCAAGGAAAAGGCAAAAUAAAGGUGGAGAAGCGCAAAUUAUGUGGUUCCAGUCUUGCAAACCAAUUCUUCAAGUAGGAAUCGUUGGGAAAAAGUAAUGGGUUUGCUUCAAAGCCAACCGAAUCUCACUCCUUUCCUCGCCUUCUCAUUGCAUCUUCUCUUUCCUCCUUUCUUCUCUCUAUAUAUAAUAUUUGUUUAUAUAUGAUUUGUAGCUUUCUGGGUUGGGGAACAUAAUAUAUUUGUUUACAGGAGUGCUUUCCUUCUCUUAUCUGAUAUUUCCUCUUGUUUUCAUCACCCCGUAUUGGAGUUGAAUUGGAGAUGAUUAUGAUGAUGAUGGAGAGUCAAGAGGAAACUGUUGUUUGUAACGAUCAGUUGCAGAUUAACAAAGGGAAACAUAGUAAGCGCUCGAGGCAGCUGUCUCCUCUGAGUUUGGCGAUGGCUUCGAGCCCGACGACAACGGUGACGACUUCUAGUGGAGGGGAGAGUGGGAGGAACAGUGAUGAUUCGAGAGGGUUUGCAUCUCCGGUAACAUCUGUUGCGUUUGCAGAAAGCACUGAGGAAGACGAAGACAUGGCUAAUUGUUUGAUACUUUUGGCUCGAGGUCAAACAAGAAAAUCAACACCCCAACUGGUUUCUUUGGCGACGACGAGCAAGACAAUGACCGGGGUGUAUGUUCACCAGUGCAAGACGUGUAACCGGUGUUUCCCUUCGUUCCAGGCGCUUGGUGGACAUAGGGCAAGCCACAAGAAACCCAAAGUUGUUAACGAUGAAGAGGACAAUAAAGGGUUGAUGUUUGUGAAAGAGGAUGUUCAUCAGCCAUUCAAUAACAUGAAUACAACACUUUCACUUCAGAUAACGAAUAAGCCUGUUUUAGGCGAUAGCAUCAAACCCAAAGUUCACGAGUGUUCGAUCUGUGGAGCCGAGUUCUCAUCCGGACAAGCUCUUGGGGGCCAUAUGAGGAGGCAUAGGUCAUUAAAUAAUGUUCCAAUUCCGACUCCGACAACAACGACGACGACGAGUGUUGGAACAAGGAUUGUGAGAUCUGAAUCAGAAGAUAAGUCCAAGAAACCAAGAACUGUUCUGCAAUUAGAUCUUAACCUUCCAGCACCAGAAGAUGAUCAUCAAAGGGAAACCAAACUUCCAUUAGUUUCCAAGCAGGAAAAGCUACUGCUCUUUCCGGUUUCUUCUAUGGUUGAUUGCCAUUACUAGAAGUGCAAACUCCAAGUGUUUAGUC